GAAACCUCUGGACUCUGCACACUGGAGAGAGAGAACUGACAGUGCAGAGAGGAGCCCAGAAAUGGCUGAGCUGAAGUACUUGAGCGGAUUUGGGAAUGAGUUCUCAUCAGAAGACCCCCGCUGCCCAGGAGCGCUGCCAGAAGGACAGAAUAACCCUCAGGUGUGUCCGUAUGGUCUCUACGCAGAACAACUCUCUGGCUCCGCCUUCACCUGCCCCAGAAGCACCAACAAGAGAAGUUGGUUCUAUCGGAUUUUGCCGCCGGUCCAACACAAGCCCUUUGUGCCCUAUGAACAGAAGAACCUGACUCACAACUGGGACGAGGUAGAACCAGACCCCAAUCAGAUGAGGUGGAAGCCCUAUCACAUUCCCACAGCCGCUGCACAGAAGCAGGACUUUAUUGAUGGGCUUCAUACUCUGUGUGGCGCAGGGGACACUCGCUCACGUAAUGGUAUCGCCAUCCACAUCUUCACUGCCAACACCUCAAUGAUAGACAGAUGUUUGUACAACUCAGAUGGAGAUUUCCUCAUUGUGCCACAGCAGGGAAAGCUGCUCAUCCUCACAGAAUUUGGGAAGAUGCUGGUAGAACCCAAUGAGAUUUGUGUAAUCCAGCAAGGCAUGCGCUUCAGUGUGGAAGUCUUCGGGGAGACCAGAGGAUAUGUUCUAGAAGUGUUUGGUGUCCAUUUUGAGCUUCCAGACCUUGGCCCAAUAGGGGCAAAUGGUCUUGCAAAUCCAAGGGAUUUCCUUACCCCUGUGGCAUGGUAUGAAGAUCGGACAGUUGAGGGGGGAUACACAGUUAUCAGCAAGUACCAGGGGAAGCUCUUCGCAUCACUGCAGGAUUUCUCCCCAUUUAAUGUUGUGGCCUGGCAUGGAAACUACACCCCCUACAAAUACAACCUGGACAAUUUUAUGGUCAUUAACUGCGUUGCUUUUGAUCACGCGGAUCCUUCCAUAUUCACUGUGCUCACAGCCAAGUCUCUCCGGCCCGGGGUGGCCAUAGCCGAUUUUGUGAUAUUUCCCCCACGCUGGGGGGUGGCAGAUCACACUUUCCGCCCACCCUAUUACCACAGGAACUGUAUGAGUGAAUUCAUGGGGCUGAUUAAGGGCCAUUAUGAAGCAAAGGAGGAAGGUUUCCAGCCUGGGGGCGGCAGCCUGCACAGUGUGAUGACUCCUCAUGGGCCGGACACUGAGUGCUUUGAGAAGGCCAGAAAAGCAAAACUGGAGCCUGAGAGAGUGGCAGAAGGGACCAUGGCCUUCAUGUUUGAAUCGUCGCUCAGCAUGGCAGUAACCAAGUGGGGGCUGGAGACGUGUCAGAGGCUGGAUAAGAACUACUACCAGUGCUGGGAAUCCCUCAGGAGUCAUUUCAACCCCAACAAUAAGUCCAUUGGCAAGUGACACUGACCAGACCAGGGUCACAGUCACAGUUUUUAUAUCCUAUAUGGAACAGGGGCUCCUUGCAGCAGGGACAGGUCAGGGGGAGACAGCAGGCACAAUGCCGACAUAAAAAUCACCCAAAGUCCCUACACGUGUUCUCUUUACUAUAUCUCUAAUCAUUAACCAUGAUUAACCCUUAAUAUCAAGUUUAACUCAGUGUCACAACUUCCCCUUUAAAGGGCACAAUCAUUGAAAUAUUUAUAUCUCACAACAAUGUUCAGCUUCAUUAUCUGCUGAAACAUCCCAAUUAUUGCAAAAGAGAAACACUUUUCUUUCAUAAGGUUUAUUUCAACUUCCUUCCAGUCAUACUCUGGUUAUAAACCAAUACAUGUGCUGGUCUGGGGCGAUCACAAAAUGUUUCACCAAUUCAGCCACCUAUGUGCGACGCCAAUACAUUUUUUGGCCCUUGGUCCAUCUAUCAGAUCAUUAUAGAGCUCUAAGCAGUCCUGUCGGGAGAGCAUUGCAUUACGGUGCCCUAUGAUCCUCGCUUGAUAGGACAUCUUUGGUCCGGCAGCAUUUUCAUUAGCUGUAGGUGGAAAGGGUAAAAAAUCCCAUCAAGUGAGGAGCAUAUGGGCACAUCAAUACAGAUAAAUAACCAGUCGUAACUAGUCUGCAGGGGUUCCUGGUCUCUGUAGAUACCGGAUAGUGAAUCUCGCACAAUAUUAAUAUAUAUUAGUAAUGUUCUGUACCGGAGGGAUGGGCAUUUAUACACAAACCUGAGACAUAUACUGAUCCCACUGUCAGUCUAACAACAGAAAUUCCCUGUAUUCCUGGAAAUUAAAUCAUGGUUUGCAUAUGAAUAAACCAAAGUGAAAAUGUU